UUGGAGACAUCUGAUAAAAUUGGAACGAUAUAGUAAAUGAAUGAUGUGAUAUUUGUGAUACAUUGAGUGACUUAUUAACAACGCCUGGAAUUUGAGGGGUUAUAAAUCAUCUACAUUUUUACUAAACUAAUUAUCAUUAAAAAAAAUAAUAAAAAUAAAAAAGUGUACUUUUAUACAGAAAUUUGACGUAAUGGUAGACAGAAAUAAAACGUGGUUGCUUAGUGGAGUGUGGUCACUAAGCCACUAACCGUUUUAACCGCCACUUUUGAAAAUCAAAAAGUAACCUUCCGUACAAAAGAAUCACCCUUACAAGGGCUUAACAUCUAAACUCUACAUUGGAGUUACGAACUUUAAAUCAAACAUCAUAUGAAUUUAUGAUGAAAAAUAAAGGUUUUAAGGAUCAGUCAAAUAUUAGGAAGGGUCCAUGGUCUGCAGAAGAAGAUGAAGUUCUUAUCGACUUCGUCAACAAAAAUGGACCUAGAGACUGGAGCUCCAUUCAAUCCAAGGGCCUUCUUCCACGAACUGGCAAAUCUUGUCGUCUUCGUUGGGUCAACAAACUCCGACCCAAUCUUAAAGUGUGAGUUAUUCCUUAUAGUAUUGUAUGGUUGAAGAGCAAUGUAGGGUAAUCUCGAUAGUAUUGCAUGAUUAAGUACUUCUAGAAGAGAGCAAUAUAGGAUGAAUUACUUGAAAAGUAGAGGAUUUGAAUAAUAGGCAUCUUAUUUGUAUGAAUUAUUAAAAAUAUGUCUAUGAUGUAGAGGAUUUGAUUAAAGUCUUUUAUAAACAACCAUUGUAACCAAGCAACCACAAUCUUAAUAUUCGCAAUUUGUAAAGGCGGUCCAUGGAUGAUGUAGAUGAGCAACAAAGUUGUGGCUAUGCUUUAAUAGGCAGCCAUUGUAUAAAUUUUGAAGAUACAUAUUGUUUGUAGAGAGCCAUUUUAAGUUUUUAGUAGUUUGAACAUUAACAUUUGAUUUUUCAUUUGCUUUUAUACGGUAAUCUUUAAAUUUUGACAUGCUUUUAAAUAUUUUGGGUGUUAUUUUUUUUUGUUUCAUCUGUUUUUUUUGGGUAAAGAGGUUGCAAAUUUUCAGCCGAGGAGGAGAGAAUUGUGGUGGAAUUACAAGCAAGGCUUGGGAACAAAUGGGCAACGAUUGCUUCGCAUUUGACAGGAAGAACUGAUAAUGAUGUCAAGAAUUUCUGGAGUUCGAGGAAGAAAAGGCUCGCAAGAACAUUGAAUUCUUCUUUACAGCCCAACAAGUGCCUUUGCCUAGAUCAGAACAAACAGAAAUCAGCUGCGCCACCUCCUCAACUUCCAUCAAAGUUGGAGGUUUCUGAUAGCUGCACUUCCAUGAUUCUAGUGGGUGCACAUCCAUCUUCAAAUUACGACCUUCUUGGUUCCUCAUCCCGGCCUUUAGAUAUCGAACCAAUAAGCUCAUUACUAGCACCAGAUACAGUAAGUAGUAGUCCACUGAUAAUAAGCAGCAACCCUUCAGCAGAGUCCACACUAUCAGAGUCAUCUUGGUUUCCCCAGCAGCCUAAUCCUGCACCAGUCGGCGAGUCAUCAUGGAGUACAUUGUCAUACCCUCUUCCUCUUUUACAAGAUCAUCACAUGAACGAUUUUGAACCAGUGUUUACUGAACCAAUAAGCUUCUGUCAGUCAUUCCCAUACACAAAUACUUGUGAUUUUGAGAUGCCGAUUUUCGGAGGGUCAAUAGCUGAGGGAAGCUGCAGCAAGAGUAUUGUGCCUGUGCAAAGAGAUGCAGUGCAAAAUCUGCCCAAUCACCCAGAUGGUUUCUUUGAUGAUUUUCCAAUUGAUGUAUUUGACAGUCUUGAUCCUUUACCAAUUUCUUUGGAUUACUUUCAUUGAUUAUAAUUGUCUAAUUGAUAUAAUAUUUACUCUUUUAACACCUAUUUCAGGCUUAAUUACAGAGUUAGCGUAUAAAUUUUCAAUAUACAGUAUAAUACAUGUACAAACUACAAUGUAGUGAAUGUUGAAAAUAAAUCUAGAAAAUUCUUGAAAUAUCUUGUACAAAUUUAGGAUAAAUAUCUAGCAAUAUAAUAGGAAGG